GUUGUUUUGCUUGAAAAUUGGUUGGUUGAAACAUUCAAAAGUUUGUGUGGAAUUAGCUUGGAAAGCAAUUUAAAUUUCGUAAUUUAUUUAAAUCCCACAAAGUUGCAAUUACUUUUCACAUUAUUUCUUUUGAAUCAUGUACAAAUUCCAAUUGAUAUAGGGCCGAAGUAAAUUAAACAUUGGGGUGUUUGUUUUAAAACAAAAAAAUCAACGAAUUAUGACGUAGUCGUGAUAGAUGGUGCAAAACUACAAAAUUUUCCAUUAUAGUUGAAGGCGAUCAAAAAAUUAUUAUACAAGAUUUCUAUUAAAGGUGAUAUUUUUCACCGCCAAAUCAAAGGAAGUCUAUAGAGUAGCGCAUAUUAUUCAUUUAUCCGGAAUACAGUUUAUUUGAACUUUUGCACUCGGGUAACCUACGUGCAAAAUUUAUUUUUAGCACAGCCCGUAAUCAAACUUACCUACAGACGACAACGACGAUUGCCGUGCGGUUUUGGGGAUAAACAAAAACAAUUGCAACAAGGUCUUAAGUGUCACUUCUUUUGAUCAUGGAGGCAUAUGUAAAUGUGUGACUUGUUGCUUCAUUUCAGUUUCACUACUGCUUGGCUUUACAGCAUUUUGGUGUUUGUCAAAAUGCUUCCCAGAGGCAUUGAAUUGGUAAAAAUUUUGCAUACUAAACAGAAUAUAUUGAACCUUAGAACUGUGUGUCAUUUUCGUAAACAAUUAUGGCCCGGUUACCGGGAGCUCGACUCUCCGAAAGCCAUCAAAAAUAUAUACUUCGCACAAAGACUGUAUGCGUCGAAAGAUAAGGUCAUUGCAUCCCCGCCCGCUACCACACAAACAUCAGCAGCUGCAGCAUCACCACAAACGACAAAAACCAAAACAACCACAAAGACAGCCACAGAGCCGAAAUCUGCGAAAGAAAAAUCGGACGAAACGCCAACAAAAGAUGGAAAAUCGUCUAAAGGAUCUGUGGCCGCACAAACCAAAAAAUAUGAAAUUGAAACAUCCAAAGGCAUACUAUCCAUUACAACCACCAUAGAGGAUUCGAAAAUAAACGACAUUGUAUUUGAAAAAUCAAAAGUGGCCAAAGAUACCACCACAUCAAAAGAGACUGUAAAAUCUGCUGCAUCACCACCUCCAACGGCAGAUGAAAUUAUGAAUAAGGCAGCCAAGGGGGCUGCUAAUGUGACAGAGGCUAAAAUUGAUGCAGCAAAAUUGGAUGCUGCCACCAAAAAAAUGUUGGCAACAAAAGCGGCCGAGGCAAGCAGUGGUAAAAUACUUAGCAUUGACAUGACCGCGACAUCACAAGCUGCAACUAUAGCACCUGCGGCAACGGCGGAAUCAUCUACUCCUACACCAAUACCUGAAGUUAAGCCAAAACCGAAACGGGCUAAAAUGGAUUACAAUCGUUCUUCAUUGGAACGUAAUUUUAUUACCCCAGCUCGUGCCAUGAGUGAUUUUUUGCUGAAAGCCUCCGAUUUGGAAACAUUGCCCAAAAUCAAACGACGUUCACCAUAUGAACAGGAGCCACCGAUAACUGUGUUUUGGCGCAAAGACGUUGAAGCCAAGGCCAUUAAUAUUUGGGGAACAAAGGAGAAUCUCAUUAAAGAGUGCCUGAAACGUGAAGUGGAACGUAAAAAACAUCAGCAAAAUAUUUUUACUGUAAAAAGAAGGCUUCGAGACUAUAGAAGAGAAAUUGGCUCAAGAACGGCAGUGUAUGAUGAUGAGCCUGGACUAAAAGGGAAAUCGGGAAAAGUUGUUCUAAUUGCCAUUGGCAUCAAUGGAUUAAACUUUCUUUUCAAGGUUGGUGGCUGGUUGUAUUCAGGUUCUCACAGUAUGUUUGCCGAAGCCAUACAUUCAUUGGCAGAUACGAUAAAUCAACUGAUCUUGGCCUAUGGCAUACAUAAAUCUACACAAAUGGCCGAUUCAGAUCAUCCUUAUGGUUAUGCCAAUAUGAAAUAUGUUUCUUCGCUUAUAUCAGGUGUUGGUAUAUUUUGCGUAGGUACUGGUUUGUCAUUCUAUCAUGGUAUAACGGGCUUGAUGAAUCCCGAACCCAUGGAAGACUUCUUUUGGGCAUUUUUCAUAUUGGGUGGUUCGUUAGUUUCGGAGGGUGCCACACUUCUGGUGGCCAUGAAUGAAGUGCGGCGUUCGGCGAAAUUAAAAGGCAUAUCCUUUAAGGAAUAUGUUCUUACUGGCAAGGAUCCCUGUGUAAAUGUAGUAUUAACAGAAGAUGCUGCAGCUGUGGCCAGUGUGGCUGUAGCUGCCGGUUGUAUGGGUCUAUCUACCAUAACCGGUUCACCCAUAUAUGAUGCAGUUGGUUCUCUUCUGGUGGGUAGUAUAUUAGGAGCUGUGGCCUCAUUCAUCAUCUACACCAACGUGGCGGCUUUGGUGGGAAAAUCCAUACCUCAUGAACACUUGGAACGCAUUAAUGGCGAACUUGAAAGUGAUGUUAUGAUUAGAGCGAUCCAUGAUGUCAAGGGUAUUGAUAUGGGAAAUUCAUUGGUAAGAUAUAAGGCUGAAAUGGAUUUUGAUGGCAGAGAAUUGACACGAUCUUAUUUGGAUAAACAAGAUCUCAACGAAUUGCUAAAGGUUGUCAAGUCAUUCCAAUCAACCGAAGAAUUGGAACAAUUCUUAUUAAAUCAUGGAGAAAAUAUUGUCGAUUUAAUGGGCGGUGAAAUCGAUCGCAUUGAAAUGAAGCUUAGGAAAAAAUUCCCUGAAAUCCGUCACUGUGAUUUGGAGAUACUUUAAGCUAUUUAUAAUAUUUUGUAAACUCCUACAGAGUUUACAAUUUACGGCUCCUUAGCAUUAUUUAUCUAUCAAUGGCUGUAAGCGUAGAGUUCUUUAAGAGAAAAACAAAUUUCUGUCUAUACUCCGAGUUUGUGUUCCGAAAUCCUUGUGCGGAAAAAUUUAUAUGAUUUAAAUUAUUGAUAUUUAAACAAAAAGAAAUUGUUGCAUAUACAUAUUUUUGUUUUCUGCUAAAAGAAGUUACAAAUUAUUCUAAUCGAUUUUAAAUUAACUUGCAACUCCACAAGUGCAAGUUAAUUUUAAAAUCUCUAGAUUAUAUAUUUAUUUUACAUUAGAUGUGUUUUUUGUAUAUCUAAAGCUUGAAAAGUUUCAUGUUUGUAUAAAAAAAGAAAAUAAUUUAAUAAACAAAAAAUAAAUAAAUAUAGGAUUAUAUGAAGUUUUAA